AUGGCCAAUACUAGUACUGUAAAUCUGCUGCUCUCCGUCUCCGUGGCCGUCCUCCUGCUGCAGUGUCUCAGUCUGAGUGCCGCUGCCAGUGCAGACCCACAGAGCCACAUGGAGAGGCAGGCGGAUCAUAGGGGCGUGCGACUACUGGAUCGCUUCGACAAUCGCUAUCCGGAUGGUAGCUACGAGUACCGCUUCGAGCUGGAUGAUGGAACGGCGCGCUACGAGCGGGGAUACUUUGCCCUGAUCGACAAGGUCAAGACCUUGAUGGUCGUCGGAUAUUACUCCUAUCGCAUGACGGAUGGGCGAUACAUCACCGUCUUCUACAACGCCGAUCAGUUUGGAUACCGUCAGAACCAAUCGAUCACACCUCAGGUGUACCCGAAUCUGCCGCGCUCCAUUGAAGUGCCAAUGGCCAGCAGCGGGACGCCCGGACUACGCUCCCAGUCCCGGUCAGAGUCUGCCUACAGCUCCCCAGCCCCAUCCCCAUCCCCAUACCCCACUACCCGUUCGCCGUCUGAGAGCACCACCACGCCCAGGGGGGCUGCGACGAGUCGCAGGGGAGGGCGCUUCUGA